UAUGUGUUUUAUUAACACUGAGUUAGCUAAGGUCUCGGAAAUAAUUGCUACGUUUUGAAAAGAAUUUAGAGUUUGAUGUUUAUAAACUUUACGGAUCUUUUAGAGCUAUUCGGUUUUUUUUUCAAUCCAUUAGGUAUGCACGACGUUAUGUGCGUAACACGAUACUAAGACGAUUUUCCCGAGCUCAUAGCUGGCGACCGGUGACUUUUUCGGAAAUGAAGGCCUUCAUUGCUGUAAUACUUAACAUGGGAAUCGUACGAAAACCUACAAUACCAGAAUAUUGGAAUAGGAGAGACAAGACCCAGGCCACACCGUGGUUCAGACAGAUGUUUUCCAGGAAUCGUUUCCAGCUUAUACUGAAGUUUUUUCACGUAGUGGAUAAUCUGAAAAUACCAGGACGCCAAAGCCAGUUGUACAAGCCGGACCUGAAGUUCAAGCCCCUUUUAGACUUUGCAAACAGAAUGUUCCAGCAUUAUUAUACUCCUUCCAGAAAUCUGAGUAUAGAUGAAACCUUGGUAGCAACGAGAGGGAAAACGUCAAUGUUGCAGUAUAUUCCAACAAAGCGAGCAAAGUUUGGUGUAAAGUUCUGGGUACUUGCAGAUAGCCUUAACGGAUAUGUCCAAAAGAUGACUUGUUACCUCGGAAAGCGGUUCGAACCAGCUAUUGUCGGUCUACAAGGUACCCGAGUCGUGUUGGAUCUACUGUCAAAUUGUAAUUUGCUAAAUAAGGGAUAUCAUGUUGUGGUUGAUGGUUUCUUUUGUAGCAUUGGCCUUGCAAAGAGGUUGUUGCAGGUCGGUACUUAUGUCACGGGCACAUUACGUGCCAAUCGACCAAUGCCCAUAACUAUAAAAAAUGCCCGUCUAGAUUCAGGUGAAACCAUUUAUAUGCGUCAGGGUGAGAUUCUCAUAACAGCAUACAGACCAGCAAACCGGGCACGAGCUAAACCUGUGAGGUUGUUAUCAACAGCUAUUGCUGCACGUGAUAUACACGACCGUUGCCCUGCCAUUGUUCAUACGUAUAACCAUUAUAUGGGCGGUGUGGACGGUGCAGAUAUGUUGCUUAGUUUUUAUAAUGGACAGAGAAAGACAAUAAAGGUAUGGAAAAAAAUGGCAUUUAACAUUAUACAGAGAAUGGCCCUUAAUUCUUAUGUGCUUUACUCACAAAACACACAAGAGAAUCCCAUGUCUCGUUUGAGAUACAUGCAAGCAGUAGUCAGUGGUCUUUCAGAAGAACAUCUUAGAGAGAGAAACCAACCUCCAGUGGUAGUGCGGCGGGAAAGACACCGUCACCAAGAACUGAGACUAGUUGCAGGUGGACGCGAAAAAGACUGCGCGGUCUGCUCAAACCGUAGGAUGGCAAGACGAAGAUCAAGGAAGGAAUGUUCAGUUUGUCUGCGCGGUUGCCACAGAGUCUGCUGGCAAAACCAUGUGUUGUCAUGUAAAAGACACGAGGAGUGAAAAAAAUCGUUUGAUAUAAGACUUACUU